AUGACAUCUUCAGUAAUUGAAAAUGGACACGAUGAGGCUAAACACGAACCGUCCGAUUUGAUCGCUGAGAAAAUGAAUCAUGCGGUUGUGAAUCUUUUGCUUCCGAAUGAAACGUUCUUGAAAGCUGCGAUUUCUCUGAAAGACGAGGUGGUGGAGGUAAAUUGGAAUCGGCGGGAAGUGGUUGAUCCGACGGUGUAUACCGGUUUGCUUGGUACGGCUUUUACUUGCUUGAGGUCGUUUGAGGUUACCGGUUGCCGUGAGGAUUUGUUGUUAUGCUCGGAGAUUAUUGACAUGCGUGUCACUGUCGCACGUGCCUCCCUCAGACACGUGACAUUUUUGUGUGGUAGAGGAGGAGUAUGUGCCCUUGGAGCUGUCGUUGCUAAUUACAUGGAGGAAGAUCAUAUGGCUUUUGUGUUAGACUACUUGUUUUAG